AUGGCCAGGCUCCUCGUCACCUGCUGCCUGGUGGCCCUGCUCCUCGGUGCCUGGACUGAUGUCGCCUUCUCCAAGAAAGGCAAAGGCAAACCCAGCGGAGGUGGUUGGGGCAUGGGGAGCCACCGCCAGCCCAGCUACCCCCACCAGCCUGGCUACCCCCAAAAUCCCGGCUAUCCCCAUAAUCCGGGGUACCCCCACAACCCGGGGUACCCCCACAACCCAGGGUACCCCCACAACCUGGGGUGGGGACAGGGUUACAACCCAUCCAGCGGAGGAAGCUAUCACAACCAAAAGCCAUGGAAACCCCCC